AAUUGAAGGGACAUAGAGGCAUAACUGGAAAUGAAUUAGCUGACAAAUUAGCUAAACAAGGUGCUGCUAUUAAAAUAAAUGAGAGUAAAAAAUUAUCUCUAUAUAAUGCAUUUAUGAAAACAAAUCUACCUAUUGUUAAAAAGAAUAAUCCAGAUUUAGAACAUAAAGAUGCAUUUAAAUUAGUCGUAUCAAUAUGA